ACCGAUUUAGAAAGUUCAAUUUCAAUUCCAAAUAAGUGGUUGUAUCGAAUUUGACCUUCGUCGUUCCCACAGUCCAACUUCAACUUGUACGAUCAUUCCUGAAUCCUGAGUAUACGCAUCGCCCAAAACCUUUGGAAAACCCUUUUGAUUUCAUUCAUUUCAAUCAAAAACCACAUUUUCAAUGGAUCUUUCACUCGCAUCUUCCUCAAAUUCCCAUUUUUCUCGCAUUCAAACCUCAACAUUUUCUCCCAGAUUCCACAAACCCCUUCCCUUCUUCACCAAUUUCACUUAUAAACCCAAAACUUACUCCAGGAAGUCGUUAAUCACUGGUUAUUACCCAAUCAGAGCUCAAAGUUUGAAUCAGAACAACACUCCAAGCGAUGAUGAUGACGAUGGUUUUGUCCUUGAAGAUGUUCCUCACUUGACUAAUUACCUACCUGAUUUACCGACAUAUCCAAACCCAUUAGAGUCCAGCCAGGCCUAUGCAAUAGUUAAAAAUACUUUUGUUAGUCCAGAAGAUGUUCUAGCAUAUCAAAUUGUUGUCCAAAAAGGCAGUCCGAGAGGAGUGCACUUUCGGCGUGCAGGACCCAGGGAAAAGGUUUAUUUCAAGCCGGAGGAAGUACGAGCUUGUAUUGUGACAUGUGGUGGUUUGUGUCCAGGGAUCAACACAGUGAUUAGGGAGAUCGUAUGUGGCUUGAAUAUCAUGUAUGGUGUCAAUAAUAUACUUGGGAUCGAGGGAGGUUAUAGGGGAUUCUACUCAAGAAAUACCAUGGAACUAAGUCCGAAAAUUGUCAAUGACAUCCAUAAACGUGGUGGUACUAUUCUUCAAACUUCACGAGGAGGUCAGGAUACCAACAAGAUAGUUGAUAACAUCCAGGACCGUGGGAUAAAUCAGGUGUACAUAAUUGGAGGUGAUGGCACUCAGAAAGGAGCAGCUGCUAUUUACAAGGAAGUUGAAAAGCGUCGCCUUCACGUGGCAGUAGCUGGGAUUCCCAAAACGAUUGAUAAUGAUAUUGCUGUGAUAGACAAAUCUUUUGGAUUUGAUACUGCUGUUGAGGAAGCUCAGAGGGCAAUAAAUGCUGCACAUGUGGAGGUGGAGAGCGUUGAAAAUGGAGUUGGAAUAGUGAAACUUAUGGGUCGAUAUAGUGGAUUCAUUGCUAUGUUUGCUACGCUGGCAAGUCGAGAUGUGGAUUGCUGCUUGAUUCCAGAGUCUCCAUUUUAUCUGGAAGGACAGGGUGGGCUUUUUGAAUUUGUUCAACAGAGACUUAAAGAAAAUGGGCAUGUGGUGAUUGUGUUAGCAGAAGGCGCAGGUCAGGACUAUCUCUCUGGAAGUGUGAAUGCACCUGAGGAGAAAGAUGCAUCUGGAAAUAGGCUGCUUCUUGAUAUUGGUCUAUGGUUGACUCAGAAAAUUAAGGAUCAUUUUACAACGGUGAAGGGAAUGUCUGUAAACCUGAAAUAUAUAGAUCCAACAUACAUGAUCCGCGCGGUUCCAAGUAACGCAUCAGAUAAUAUAUAUUGCACCCUUCUUGCUCAAAGCGCAAUUCAUGGGGCCAUGGCAGGAUACACAGGUUUCACGGUUGGACCUGUGAACAGCAGACAUGCAUAUAUUCCAAUUGGGCGCGUGACUGAGGCUACAAACGUUGUGAAGUUGACGGACAGGAUGUGGGCUAGACUUCUAGCUUCUACUAAUCAACCUACCUUCUUGAACAAGCAUGAAUAGAAAAGAUACAACCAAUAACAGAUUUGAACCCAAUACUCAUGACUCAAUGAGGUGGUAAGUUUACUCUACCAUUUUUUAUAUUGGCAAUGGUCUCAUAGAUGAACUAUUAACAAGUUGAAUUCCAUUAACAAAUAUCAAAGUUUUAUUCAUCUUUGUAUUAAAG